CGGGCGAGCGGGCCAUGCCGGGAUCGCUCCUCUUCCGGGGGAGGAAGGAGUGUUGUCUUGAAUCUGUGCCCGAGACUGGGGUUUCUGAGCGUCUCUGGUGCUUUUCCUGAAUAAUUGGGAAUCUGCGAAAUGUGGCGGGCCUGGCUGUAGUCCUUCAGGCGGAGAGCGCUCUCCCUCGCGCGCACAUGCCCCUCGCCAGGCCCGGCUCCGCGGCGGAGGCCCCGAAGAGCCGAGGAGGAAGCGGCGACGCGGGCGCCGGCCCUGCGGCUCGGUGAGGAAGGGCGGCGCCGGUGCCCCUUCCGGGCUUCCGGCUGUGACCGCCGAACGUCCGGCCCGGCCUCUGCCCGCCUCGGGACGCGACUCUGCGUUUCGGGCUCGUCCGCCUCCUCCGGUCGGGCCGCCUGCCGGCGCCGGGCUCGUGGGCGCGCCGCGGCUCAGGAGGGACCCUGGGGCGCCUUCGCUUCGUUCUUGGGCGGCGGAGGCCGUGUUUCUGCCAUCAGAGGCUGUUUCCGCUUGUCUGGAGAGAAAAGGUACCAGUCUUACCAUGCUUCCCUGUGAUAUUUGUGGUGAAAUGGUAACCUCAGAAUCAGAUAUGAAGUCUCAUCUCCUAAUUGUUCACAUGGAAAAUGAAGUUAUAUGUCCAUUUUGCAAGUUGUCAGGUGUAAAUUAUGAUGAAAUGUGCUUUCAUAUUGAAACUGCUCAUUUUGAUCAGAAUGCUCUAGGAAAAAACUUUGAGAGAGUAAACCUAAUCCAGUAUGGAACUUCAGCUGACAAGGACAGAACUCUGCAGAGUACAGUGGAAGCUUGUGCCUCUAGUCGUCCAAAGUGUUCAGCUCAAAGCCCGCCUAAGGAUGGUGCUUUAAAACAGGACUCAUCUCAAACAAAAGAAUCAGUUUAUGAAACAGUUCAUAGUCCUCCUGAAUGUCCAUUCUGUGGAAAAGUAGAAGAAUGUAGUCAAGAUAUAGAAAAUCACAUGAAAACAAAGCAUGUUAGUCUUUUAGACCCACCAUUAGAAGAAGGCUGUGAUCAACCAUUGUAUGACUGUCCUAUGUGUGGGCUCAUCUGUACAAAUUACCAUAUUCUUCAGGAACAUGUUGAUUUGCAUUUAGAAGAAAGGAGCUUUCAACAAGGCAUGGAGAGAAUUCAGUGUUCUGCUGACCUAGAACUGGCUCACCAGCUUCAGCAGGAAGAAGCUCAGAAGCAGUCUGAGGAAUCAAGACAAGAAAUGGAGGAAUUCCAGCAGCUGCAGCGACAGUACGGCUUAGAUGGGUCUGGAGGAUACAAACAGCAGCAGCUACAGACUAUGGAAAUAGAAGUGAACAGAGGAAGAAUGCAUCCGGCCGAGUUUCACAGGAGAAAAGCUGACCUGAUGGAGUCCCUAGCUGUUGGCAUUGAUGAUGGGAAAACAAAAACUUCUGGAAUUAUUGAAGCACUUCAUAUAUACUAUCUGAGUACUGCCACUGAUGUGAGGCGUGUGUGGCUUUCUGCAGCAGUAGAUCACUUUCAUUCUUCUCUAGGUGACAAAGGUUGGGGCUGUGGUUACAGAAAUUUCCAAAUGCUACUUUCAUCAUUAUUGCAGAAUGAGGCUUAUGAUGAUUGCUUGAAAGGUAUGUCAGUUCCUUGUAUUCCAAAAAUUCAGUCUAUGAUUGAAGAUGCAUGGAAAGAAGGUUUUGAUCCUCAAGGUGCCUCUCAACUUAAUAACAGGUUACAGGGAACAAAAGCCUGGAUUGGAGCAUGUGAAGUAUUUACCCUCCUGACUUCCCUGGGGGUCAAGUGCCGUAUUGUUGAUUUUCACAAGGCAACUGGUCCUACGGGUACACACCCUCGCUUAUUUGAAUGGAUAUUGAACUAUUAUUCAGAGCAGGAAGGGAGUGCGAAGGUAGUAUGCACAUCCAAACCUCCUGUCUAUCUCCAGCAUCAAGGUCAUAGUCGAACCAUUGUUGGAAUUGAAGAGAGAAAAAACAGAACAUUAUGUUUGUUAAUAUUUGAUCCUGGAUGUCCUUCUCGAGAAAUGCAGAAACUAUUAAAACAAGACUUUGAGGAUACUAGUCUCAAGCAACUUAGGAAAUUUGUGGGAAAUUUGAAACAUAAGCAAUACCAGAUAGUGGCAGUAGAGGGUGCUCUUUCUCCAGAGGAGAAAGUGGCCAGAAGACAAGCUUCUCAAGUCUUUACAGCAGAGAAGAUCCCUUGAAGAAUUAAGUUUUUGGUGAUCAUGGCAUUGCCCUGAGUUGUCCAGACUCUGGUGUGGAACUCUUUUAAUACAACUUAAGAAUCUGCAAAUUCUUUUUAAGUGUUCAGUGUUUGCCUACAUGAAAUUAUACCUUUAGGAAAAAAAAAAAAAGCCAAAACUUUAGCGCUUUAUUGUCUACUAAUUGUUUCAAUAAAUAUCUUGUUUG